AGUUUCUUAGCGGAUGUUGCUCACCGAUGGGGAAGGAGUCUGUAAGGUUUCGGGGGAAGAAAAUGCGAUGGCCAUUGUUUUAACUCCAAAGAGUUUGUAUAACCUUAUAUCUCAGACAGAGCCAAGCGAUAACAGGCUUCUAGUACAUGUAAAAUUGACAGAUUCGUGCUUGCGAGCGCUCGAAGAAUAUCAAUCAGCCGAGGUAUGGUUCAACGAGUUCGAUAUUCUCUCUCACAAGCAUGGCUUUGAUUCUCUAAGUGUGAAGCGUAAGGCAUUAUUUCUGAAGUAGUUCGUUUGCUAGAUUUUUACUUAUUGUCUCUAUUGUCUUAUUUCUUUCACUGUAACAGGUCUCGCCAAGAAGAAAACCUACCAUUCAAUUUUCUGGAUAUCAAGGAGUGAGUUUUUGGUUGAUUUUGUGUCAUGCCCCGUUCUAAUCCUUCUUUAGAUUUUCAAUUUUUUAUUUGUUCCUGGUAUCGCCGGUUAAUAAAAAGUGAGCCAGGUUGAAAAUGAAUAAAUCAUAGCACCAGAUGUUAAUUCAGGCAUGAUAAGAGACAGCCGGCAGAAUCGAAUGCAGUAUAACUUACUUUGUUUUCAAAACCCUUUGCCAUAAUAUUUUGUUUCUCUUGCGCAAAUGCUUCCUCUUUUUCUGCCAUGCACUUCUCAACAGAGACUCAGUUCAUUUUUUACCCAUACUAAAAUUUGUGUUGAUUGUUUUUCCCUUUUUUAAAGUUUUAAUAUGGAGCAUAAUCCUUUUGAAACAAUGAAAAUGAUUUAGUCAAUUGCGUGAUGAUCGAGCCCCUUUGAGUAUCUUUCAAGAGUUGGUUGUAAAUUUAUCGAUUGAUUUUAAACCAAAACCUUGUACAAAAUGAAAAUAUGGUCUCGGUUAUAAGGGUUUUUGUUCAAAUCGAAUUCUUGUGACCAUAUCGAACAAAAGCUUAACUCGUUAUUUCCUGAUCUCUUUAUAUGCAGAUGAGUCAGCUCUUUAGUUAGUUAAUCUUUUUCUAAAUUUCCAAAAUGACUUGAUCAGACUCUCUGUUUAUUGUUGAAUAAUUCGCAUCAAUGAUGUUAUUAGUCGCAUUUUUAAAAUGCUUGAAUGCGCAGUUUGUGCUAUAGAAGCCCCUGUUUUGUAUCACGUAUGCAAUAUCUGAGUUUGUCACACUUGGUACAAAAAUAUAAAAUUCAACUAACAUCUGUGAAAAAUUCUUCAAUUUGUUUAUUGGCAUUGUUUGCCAGCCUCCAGUUGAUCAUUUCUAGAAAUAUUCCUUAUUUCUUAGGGACAGUUACAGUGUAAACAUUCAUGUAUGUUGUAUUCUAACCAGUAUAUGUAUUUAUAGCCAGUCAAGGGUCCACAUUCCUUUAAAAGUACAUGUUACGAUGGAUUAGUGACUUUUACUCGGGAACCCUUAAAUACAUGUCAUGUCGCAAAGGGCGCAAAAAAACCUCCGCAAAAUUACUGUACAUUGAAUGUGUCAAACACUAGGCACAUCAUUCUUUAAAAAUUGUGAUGGUUUUUAAUUCAAACCAUUCUUGAAUGUUUCUCUUUCUGCGAAAACUAACUUGGAAUAUGAAACAGAGAUUAAAACAAGUGCCUGUUAAAUAAACUUCUGUUCCUUUAAGGUAAUCGGAACUCAACUCCUAAACAUGACCGCCCAGGCAUGCUUUCAGCUGAACCAGCAAAAGAAACUAAAUAUAUGAAAUGUUAGACUUUGUUGACUUUAUUCUGAGUAAGGGAUCCAUUUUCAGUCAAAUGCUUAGCUCUUUUCUGAACAGGGUCAAGUGCCAAGAUUUAUACUAUGCAGCAGAUCAAACCUCCUAGCAAAGGACUUGACAUGUCUCCUUAAAUGCUAUUGACUGCCAUCUUUGCUAAACUGUGAGAUUGCCUCUUGUAAUAAAAUUAUCUAUUAGAACGAUAAUAUUAUUGUUAAAAAUUGGGAUGGUUGCCAUACUCAAUAGUCAUGGGGCAAUCAAAUUUAAUACGCCACAGUCCACAUUUCCAAGUACAGGAAGUUCUUUUGAAGUUCCAUGAUGAAUAAUGAUUAAUAGGUAUCUUGUUUUUCCCUUCAGUCAGUAUCAAUACCACUGAAAGGAGAUGAAAACACUGCAAAAUUUCAACUUGAUUGCUCCGUGCUGCAGUCAGCUAGGCAGCAGGGUGGUAUGGACUGCGUCCAGCAACCUAGUGGCAGUAAGGACAUCAGAACUGUUGGGACAGUCACACACAAGAUUAACGUUAGAGCUACUGAUGAUAGUUAUCAGAUGACACAACAGAGGAUGAAAGAGGUUGAGGAAGAAAGAAAAGGUGUCAGGUAGAAACUCACAGAAUUGUACAAUGCACUCCUGUGCUUAGUAGCUGUAACUUAUCUUCAAACUUGCUCCACAUUUGCUAAGCUUAAGACAGAAAGUAGACUUUCACAGUCCCCUAUUUUUUCUAAGAUCAUCAGGAUCAAUCACUUACUGGUAGGGGUGGCCAUCUUUGUUUCAUUUGUACUGAGGGCGCUGGCAUUAUGGUUUAAAGCGGUAAGGUAUUUUUCUCGUUUCCUUCCAAACUGUCCCCCACCUUCUUAGUAGAUAAUUUGACGCCCAUCCAAAAUGGCUGCCUGUAAUGCAAAGCUCUUGAUCUCCACGAUCUUACGGAAAAAUAGGGGACUGUGAACAAUCUAGACAGAAAGCAAAUUCGUAGUUUUUUGACUCAGUGUAAACAUGUUGUUUCAGCCCAGUUUGCUAAAUUUGUAAAAUGAAGGCAUUUUAAGGACUGUAUCAAAGUUAACAAAAAGAAAGAAGAAUUUUUGGUUAUGUGAUUACUUCCGUCUUAAAAUGUUGGAUCAGGACAUAUUUCAUGUACAUGGAUGAAUAAAAUUUGUAUGCACUUUCAGAAUAGAAAUAGCAAAUUUGGUCUUAAUAGUUGCUUGUUAUAUGUUGCUUGCAGCUAGCCACAAAAAGUUCUGAGCCAAAAUAGCUUGUAAUAAUCAGACUAGGGUGCUGAAUUUAUUUUGAACUCUGCUUGUUGUUAAUAACACUUCUUGUCCAUUGUCUGUUGCAGCACAAAAGUGAUCAACAUGCCGAAGAAAGGUACAUUUGUUGUAAUCAUUUUCAGCAAAUGCCCACCAUGUUAAUUGUACUAACUACUUCCUAGUCCCAAGUACUUCCCAGUCAAUGACAUGAUGCCAUGUACCAUUGUUUAUAGAAUGCUCUGUUUCAGGGUGUGCAGGGUGGGGGGGGGGGUCCAGAUUUAAAGAGAGCAAGGCAAUUUGCCAGUAUCCUCAAAUAAUAACUUAGAAGUUGACAUGCUGAUAGUUAGCUCUAGCAACAUCUUGUCUCAGUUUUGAUCGUCACAUCAUUGGGCAGUUUCAUUUAGCCACUGACCUGUCCUUCUUUUCCGCUCCUUGUCAGUUUGUAGGAGAUGUAAAAGAACUCAUGUUAGCAUUAAAAAAAAUAAUGGUAACAUUGGGCCAGCUGUGGUUUAUUAUUUGCCACUUGCAGUAAUAUUUGUGAUGUUUGUAAUUGGUGCCUGGAUGGGAGAUUCUGUGUGCAUGAUUCAGGCAGUUCUUUCUUCCUUGACAAUAACAACAAAAAACAAAAUCAUAUUCUUGAUGUGCAGACACAAAUCUUUAAACAAAAUAGAAUUUAAAAUUAUGUGGUUAGACUACAUCAAGCACAGAAAUAUGUCGAUUGAAAGAUUUUUCAAGAUACCAGUACUCACUGAAACAUGUUAGUUAUUAUUUAUCAGUCUAUUUAUUAAUCAUAACUCCUAAAUAUAGAUCGUUUUCACCAUCACGCAACAAAAAAAUAAAUUGGAAACCGUCCAGUGGAAGAAAUCAAGAAAAUGAAAUGUUAUAAAAGACUAAUAUAUAAACAAUUUGUCCAAGUCUCAGGUCUUUGUGGCCCAUAGUUUCUGGGUUAUUUGGCGAAACGUUUCACGCACCUUUGUAGAGCUCUGUAUGGAGACGCCAUAUUGGUGCACCGUUUUGGUGCACCAAUAUGGCCGCCGGAAGUCAACGAAAACAUCUGGAGUUUACUUUUUCUACAAAAGCUCUUUCUUUUCACUCGAGAACUAGCGUACGUACGCAUAAACAUAUCCUCUAAUACUUGAAGUUUUUAUAUUGCUGAAAAUCAAGGGAAGAGACUUUUUUUCAACGAGACAGCAUUCCUAUUUUGGUGUCAUGCACUGUGAAAACUCGGGAGUUCAACUUGCUGUAUUUUCGAAAUAAAACAUGCUACGGAAAUGGAAACUUGUACAAAGAUCUCCUUUUUGUUUAUCUUCAAUCUAGUGUAAAUAAGAAUUCGUAAAACCUCGCUAUUUUGACUUUACAAUUUGAUGACGUCACAGUGAAAACCAUCUAUAGAUUGGAAUGAAGUAACAAUAUGUUUUCUGCCAAUGACUUUUUCAGGCAGUAAAAAGGGGAUAAAGGGCUUAUCAAUACACAAACCUCAAAACAGUGUAAACUCUACUGUAAGGAGGCAAAUAAAGUCUGCCAGUGUAGGAGUUAAAGUUUCAUCAAGUGGACCUAGUAAAUCUCUCAGGUACGUGCUUGUUUUUAUUUAAAAAACUCAUUAAUAAUUCAUAAAGAAAAACCAAAAGAAAAUAAUGCUUAAUGAUCGAGUGUCUUUAAAUCUGAUAAAGACACAGCUAAACUUUAUGUCCAAUUUAGCCACGUCUUUAUGAGAGAUAUUAAAGAUGCUCGCUUAACAUUAAUUCCUUUUGUUUUUUCUUUAUGAAUUAUUAAAGAGUUUUUAAAAUUUAUUAUUUUAAAUUACAGCCUUUGAAGCAAAUUCAGUUGAAAUAAUAUUAUUGUUGUAAAAACUCUUUCCGCAUCCUAUUGGUAAAUCAGCAACAUGUUGCUAUCCUCGAAGCAAAGCAACAACAAGGAAACUAUCAGAAAUUACAACCUCCAUGUGUUCUUUUCAACACAGACUCAAUGACUGAUGAAUUCAUUGCAGAUUAGCAAAUUAAAUUUCCAAGAUUUUACAGGCUCUCAUUUCCCCCAACCAUUCUGUUAAAGCAGCUGUUUUUACAUAAGUUACAAGCAAUUUUGUGAUUAUUUUGUUAAUCCUAAAAUAGCCUUAUUAGUUCAACUGUGUAAAGUGUAACUAAAGCUGAAGUGACUCACUCUAAGUUAUUUCUUUUUGCCUUAACAGGGAAACAGUAAUUCAUUUAUUAGCAGUUAAACCUUACAAGAAACUAGAAUUAAUAUCUAGAUUGACUAAAGGUAAGAAAUAUACAUGUACCCAUCAUUUUCUGGCUUCCUCAAUUGCCCUUGAGAACCACUGAGGAAGCCAAAGAAACAGUGUGUGCAUAAUACCUGAAUUUUAGUCUUGAUUUGUUUUAAUUUAAUUUAAUUUUGCUGUAAUUUCUUGUAUUUUUGAUACAAUCUCAUGCAAAAACAAUGCGUUUAAAAUUUAAAAUGCAAUGGCCAGCAUUUUUAAAAGCUUCUGUUUUUAUCUUGCAGAUGGUGUGAAUUUACAGAAAGAUAAGAAUUCAUUGACUGUAUUAUUACAACAAGUAAGUGAAAAGAGACAUGAUUUUUAUGUUUUACAAAAUAAUACUGACAGUGGUCAUUAGCCAUUCUUCUGACUGGGAUAUGAAGUAAAUUAGCUCCAGUAAAAUUGGAAACCACUCAUACGGCAUUUAAAAGCUGCCAUGUAUUGAGAUUGUCCCAGAACCCAAGGACCCCCCACCCUUUCCACCCACUCUUUGCCCCCAGCUACACAUAUGUUCUAAUCUUGAUAGUGAAGAUAGAGUAUUUAUUCAAUUAACCGCCCUGGGCACGUAUUAAAUUUUUGGACCUUGAGAGUGGGCGCUUAUUUGAGGUGGGUGCUUAUUCGAGGCUGGGCGUUUAUUAACUUUUUCUUCCUUUAGGAUGGGCACUUAUUCGAGGUGGGCGGUAAUUCGAGGUUGGGUGCUUAUUCGAAUAAAAUAAUACAGUACAAGUACUAAACAGUAACUAAUCAGUUUUACUCCCUCCUUUUUAUAACUAGUAUAUUAAUUUUGCAUAUAGAGCAUGGAAAUAGGAAUAAAAUUUUGACCUUUAUACAAUGUCAUCUAGUUCAGCUGAUAACCUUAAUUUGCUUUGUGUGAUAAUUAAAUAUUAUUUUAACCUCAUGAACUGUUCAUUUGCAGGUUGCUGUUAUGACUGACAACCAAUAUAGAUUAUUAAAACAUUUAUAUUCUGAAGUUCAGGUAAUUGAAAAUAACAGCCCCUCACCAUCAUUAAAAAUAUUUUAGUCUUUACUGGUAUACAACUUCAUUCUCUCAUUCACCAUAUUGAUCACCAUCGGCAUGGCUGAGGUGAUCAUUCAAAAUUGACCAUGAAUACUUUAUUGAAGAUAGCUUCGCACAGUGUGAGGUUGUUCUGCCACCAACAAAAACUGGUACAAGAUUUAUGGUUGUGGCCUUGCAGUUUACAAUUAACACUGAAAGCAAUAUUAAAAGAAAAGAGAACACAGAUAAUUUUUGUUAAAUUAUGAUAAUUAUAUCACCAACCUUUUGUUUAGGUUGAAACAUGGCCUGGCUAUAGUGAAAUGGAUAGACAAGCUUUGCGCAGGUGAGAAUCAAACAAGAGACAGUUGGAACCUUGUAUAAGUAAUUUGCAGAGAGUGGAUUUGAAAGAAGUUAUUAAGAGUUGGUCAAGUUGGAACACGUUUCAUAUCAAGAUUGACUGUGUAAUAGUCACAAUUCCAAUUCCAAGACCCUAGUAACCCAAGAAAAAUAGAGGGACUGUAAUAACAUGACUGCAGCUCGCGUUCACGGAGCGCGUUGUACCAGAAACGCAGGCGUUUGAUUGGUCAUUAGACAAUAGAUGUUAAUUUGCAUUGACAACGGGUUUAGUUUAAGUUGCCGACAUUGACAAGUCCACGUUUCCAUUAACGUAUGCUUUCAUACCAUAAGGCACAUCUUGAGCAAACACAUGAAGGAUUUUUGGUAUUUUGAUUAGGAAAAUGUUUUCUUGUGCAUGUUUGCCGAUUUUAUUUCGAGGAAUGGCCCAGAAACAUUAUAAAAUCACUGUUUCGAAGGUAGAUAUUUGUAAACACGCAUAAUCGAUGCAGAAUGUGUCUGGCAUGUUUUUCAUCACCAGCGGAGCUUCUUAAUUAAUGAAUGGUAAAAGGCGUGAAAUUCCUGUCACGCCUCCUGAACGCGAGCUGUGGUGAUGUUAUUACAGUCCCUCUAUUUUUCUCGCUUCCUUCCAAACCGCCCCCGACCCCUAAGUAUUUUUGACACUCAUGCAAGAUGGCAGCCGGCUCUCAAUCUCGAUGAUCUUACGGAAAAAUAGAGGACUGUAAACAGUCUAAUAUGCGGCCAUAUGCGGAUCCCCCCCUGGGGCAGGGACUAACUGUAGGUGUCCAUGGUAGCAAGGUGGUCGUCUUAUAAAGUUGUCUGUUUAUAGAGAGUUGAAUGUAUCAUAAUAUGUAAAUGUCUAUUAUUUUUCAUCUACUUCUACAGAAAAAUGAAAGUACAAACAAAUGAUAACCCUGUAGUAACUUCAACAUCUUCUCCACCCAAAAAUACUCAGGUACUUGUAUGUUAGACCUACAUUAAUAGAUACUUAAAAUGACUUGUACAGUGUAAGUAGAAAAUGAUGAGCACAGUGUGGCUUGUCAUCACAAUAAAAGUUACAUUUAAUUGCUUUUGAAUACCAUGUGGAGAAAAAUAAAAAACACAGGGUUCUCAAUAGAAGGCGGCACCCGGCGAUUGAUCGCCGCUUACUUUGUGUUUAAGUAGCUUUUCUUUGCUUUGUUUUGACACCUCUGGCUUUGCUGAAGAGCCUUCUACUUUAUCAGUGACCACCUCCUACUAAAAAAUCUAUUGAGAACCCUGUAAACACAGCUUUUUUCCAGUAGAGUCUGUAAAAAAUUAUAAUGCUAUCAAGUCAUUAUUAUCAUAAUUUGUGGUCACUAUCAUUAACAGCGAUUUUUUAUGGUCCAAACCAAAAGCUUAUUAACUUUUGUGGGCAAUUUAAGGUGCAUAGUAUGACUGUGUACUUGUCCUACAUUAUACGUAAAAUAUUUAACAAUUAUUGGACGAGGUUGUGCAAAAUAUCGUGAUUUGUCUGUGGCGAGCAGAUCAAUUAUUUGCCAAAGCCGAAGGCUGAGACAAAUAAUAAUUGAUCUGCAAGACACUGACAAAUCACAAUAUUUUGCGAUAACUGAGUUCAAUAAUUGUUUUAUCAUUCGAUCACCGAGUAUUAUAGGUAUUUUACUUCAGAUUUAAAAUUAAGAAAAGUAGCCCCUUUAUUUGUGCCACCGUUGUUUGAAAACAAAACAAAUUAAUAUUAUUAUUAUUAAAGUCAGCAAUAACUCAAUUCUCCACCCUUUUCAAUCUUCAAUAAUAGUGAUAGUAGUAAUGAUAAUAAUCAUAACAAACUAAUCAUAAUAAAAUCAUAUUUUUCAGACAACCAAGCAACCAAGCAAAAGAGUCUGUUCUAGUGAAUCUGACAGAUCUUCAAAGAGGCAGCGUGUUGCUCAUAUAAACAAAAACAACAACAUUGUAAUGAAAGAGUCUAUUAGCAAAGAUUCUCCCAUUGCAACUCCCAAGACCAGCCCUGAUAGCCAAAGUGAGGACCAGUCAUACCCUGCAGUGAAAAAAGAAGUAGUAGAUUCAAGUACAACAGCAAAUCUUGGUGAGUAUGACGUGAAUGAUUUAAUGGAUUCCCAGGGCAAUCUAUUUAAUUUUGGGAGCCCAAGCGGGGGUGUUAAAUGGAAAAAAGGUGUUUGAAAGAGAGAGGCAUUUAUUUUCAUAACUGUAACAAACUCCAUCAAACUAAUUAAUGUGCUUUCAGCGAACGUAUCACCACAGUAUGUAAAUAGCAGAGUAUCCAAUCUUUCCAUUGAUAAGCCAAGGUCGUUUACAGAUCCAUGUUGGUUGCUUUUAAGCUCAACGUCAAUGUCAGAAUUCUUACUUUGAACUUGUCGUUGAACUAGGUGCAAUGUGCAAACUCUUGUACAUGUUAAUCAAACAAGAAAUUGGAUGAAUUGAAUGAUUUUGAUAUAAUGUGCAGUUCCAAAAAAUAUCUAUACCCCCCCCCCCCUCCCCAUGGAGGGCACUUCAGCUUUAGACCCCCAACCCCUCUGGAAUUUCCAUGAGCCAAUAACAACUAUCUAUCAUAGGUGGAGCCGCGAAAAACGCAAUGAACUGACCGUAAAUAAAAGAUCAUCGAUGGAAACAAUUAAGAUAUUAUAAUUCUUGUUCUAAAAGACUAUUAGCAGUAAAUUAACUGAAAGCUUGCUUAACAGAGCGGCUGUUAGUUUUUAAUAACUUGCCAAUCUUACUCGGGACCCCAGGAAAAAAGACCUCGAGAGGCCACCCCUCACUCCUUGGAAAUUGCCUCCUUUGGGACCCCCCCUCCAUUGGAAUUUCCUUUGCCCUCCAUGGAACGGGUACGGAUACACUGUGUUUUCUGGAACUACACAGUUAUUUUGCUAUUUCCUUGUAUUUUGGAGCAAUGGUCAUGUAGGGAGCCUUAGUAUUAGACAGGGGGCAUCUACAGUGUAUUAGAGAGGAAUGUCUAAUUCCAAUUUUGGACAGGUGUUGGGGCAUUUAUUUAAGAGAGUCAGAGCCAGAAUCCCAUAGGAUAAUCGGGAUGAAGCAUUCCGUUAUCAGAUAAAUUUGAUGUUUCGACUGAAUCCAUUCAAUUUCAAACACUGUGUGUGCAUCCUAUUCACUUGUUGCUUUUGUUUUGUGUUUUGUUUCUUAAACAGAAAACUCAAUUAAUGGUGUAAAUAGUUUGGAUUCGCCUGAAUUCAUGAGGUAAGAUGGCUUCAUACAAAGCAGGGCUUGAAAAAAACUUGAAUUUAGGGGGCCACUUCUUGCUUCAUUCUCAGCUUUUAUUUUCAAUUUAACCCUUUAAGUCCCAAUGCUCACCAACAUCAAUUUUCUCCUAACAAUAUCCAUAGAUUGUCAAGAGAUUAGGUUAUGAGAGUUAGAGCGGUUUUCACUUGACUGUCGUAAAACCAAAACCAAAGUAAAUACACUAGCCAACCAAAGGGCGUAGUAAAACCAAAACCAAAACCAAAACCAAAACCCUUUCGACAGUCAAGUGAAAACCGCUCUAAUAAAAUGAUCAUCUAAGAGAAAAUACUUUGAUCUUUUAUCAAAUUCUCAACACAUUCUUCAAGGAAAUAUAUAGAGAUCAGUUUAGAGAAUUUGUAUGUGGAUAUUGGGACUUAAAGGGUUAACAAACUCUUCCUUUACCAUGGAGAGUCAAUAAUCUCACCAUUCAACUGUUUGUUGUCUUCCAGGAAAUACAAGCCGAUAACAACAUAUGAACAGCGUUGCUCAUAUAAAAGAGACUUUCAGGCAGAGUAUAGGGUAUAUGAGGGGCUGAAAGAGAAGGUGGAUUCUGUUUCUACAAAGUUUACUGAACUUCAAAAUAAACGACAGCAGUUCCCUGAGGGAAGUGAGAAAAGAAAGGUAGGUUAAGAUAAAUGAAUAGUCAAGGAAAAGCAAGCGGAUCUGUUUAAAGGGCAACUGGUCACUCAAGGAAGAUCGUUAUUAUUUUUUCUUAUCAAAAAAUAAAAUGACAGUGUGUUACAUUACUCGCCGUAUUCUGAGCUUUCAAAGUUUGGUCGAUUCCAAGUAAGUUCUUCUGCAAAGAUUACCAUCAUAGACUGCUAUUGUGAAUCGUGUGAUGUCAUUUGCUCCAUUUUGUUAACUGGCAAAAAGCUCAAAUAGGCAGAAAGUUUGACAUUGCUGCCAGUUUUUCUUUUUUUUUUUUAAUGAAAUUUCUAAGGUGGUUGGACAAAAAAACCCGAUCUUGCCACAACAUUGCCAUCCCCAAACUUUGUGGUGCACCAAGCUUCCCCUUGCAGGACAUUUUACAUCACAUAUAAUCCAAAAUGGGUGCAUAUCAGUAAGGGAAGAAUUUCAGUGAGAUUGGAUGGACCUUAAAAACUCAGAGAAUGGUUGGCUACUAAACACAAUAUCAAUGGUUUACAUGUGAUUGGAAAACUAAGGCUCUUCCUAAAGUGACCUUUCCUUUAGUAGGAUUAAUAGACUGGAGUAUAUCACACAUGCGUCAAUCCUAAAAUAUUUUUGUAACAUCCAAUCCAAACUGAUCCUUUCUCUGCCCAAAACACCUGCAUCAUCUGGUCAGUAGUCCUUAAAUUUUAUAUGCUUGAAACCUAAUUUCGAAACCUUGCCUGCUAAAAAAACCUUUUUUGUAGCUUCCUUUGCUCUGCACACUGUGCUUAGUUCGCUUUGGGAGCUCGCUACAACUUAGGGUUGCAAGGAGUUAUGUCUCAGUGAAAUUACUCUGAUUCUUUUUUUAGGAUACUGAUGACGAAAUUGUCCAGCUCUACCAAAAAAUUCAGAAGGUAAGCAUUACAGUCUUUUCACUUACCUGUGUUAACAUACCUGACUUUCAUAAUCUUGAACCAAACAAUAAGGAGGGGGGGUACUCUCCCCUCAUAUGGGCUAUACGAGUAGGUGCUGCUCAGCAGGGCCUUCUCUGACUCUACACCGUCCUUAGGGGAAUCCAAGACAGUCUUGGAUUGCGGAUUCCACGUCGUGGAUUCCGGAUUCCAGGUACUUGAUCCCAGUCUUUAUCAGUAAAAGCCGGAUUCUGGAUUCAAAUCGUUAGCAGGAUUCCGGAUUCCUUGAGCUGCACUCCGGAAUCCAAAGCCCAGGAUUACGGAUUCCUCAAGCAAAAUUUUCCCCAAUUCCGGAAUCCCAAUUCCCUCGCAUUGGCGAAACUCUUUACAGUGUUUCAAAUCUGGUGAUGUUUGAGUCGGCUUGCGGGAGACAUCAAGCUACUGAUAUUAACAAAGAAUAAUAGUGAUUCAGCUCUUGGAAACCGUUAGUCAGUUUCUUUUCUUAAUGGUUCUAAACUAUAGUGUUUUUACUGCUAGGAUACUAUGUGGCAACAGACAAAGAAACAGUGCAAAGAGCUGCACACUAAACUGACCUACAUCAAAGGACUUAUUGCUGCCUAUGACAAGAGCAUCGCAAGCACGUGACAUGCAGCUGAUUGCCAUGUGAAAGCUCGUGAACACCGCCAUCAGACCCACUCCAUUGCCAUCCUCCAAGGAGUCAGUCAAGGAAAAGGCAUUCUUUUAAUCAUAUCCCAACCUCUUUUCCAUGGUUUAACGAGAUAAUGGGAAGCCUAGAAACUACCUUAGUUGCGUAGAGUUCACGUUUCCCCGGAUCAGUGAAAAGGCUGUUAACAUUAUCUACUGGUGAAAGAGAGUGCAUGCACUGAUUGGACAAAAAGGGGAUAUCUGAGUUUCCCAAACCGUCACUUUCAAAGUGGGGCCAAGUCCGAAACCUUUCUUGUUAGAAUGAAAUAAAGGCAUAGAGCGCUGACCAUUUGUUUGAAAAAAGUGGAAAUUCCGGUGAAAAUUUACUGAAUUUGAAUGGUUCAUCCCGGUGGACAUUUUCUGGAAAGAAGGGCAAAGGUGUUACC